CCGCUACAGACACGCGCACUGUUCUGACAACAAUCAUCACGCGCAGCUUGUGUUAAUAAAGACUAUAGAAUAAAAUACUAAAAGCACUUCGGUGUUAAUCAGCGUGUGUGUGUGGUUGUUAUGGAGGAGAGCCUGGAGAACUGUGCCAGAAGAAUCCAGGCUUAUUGGAGAUGUUUCAGGGACAGAAGGCUCUUCAGACUCAUGAUGAACACUGUACGCUCAGCUGAACAGUGUCUGGCAUCAGCAGUUCUGCGUCAGCUCAGUCCCAGAGAAGCUGAACUGCUGAAAGACCCCAGUCUGAAGUGCAAGAUCAGAUUCAGGUUUGCAGGUCCUCGGUUUCCACCUUCACUUGUCUUCAAGAUUUUCCACACUGGAGGAGGAGGACACUAUCUGUCUGGCAAAAAAGUCUUUUCUCCCUCCAACCAGGCCACAGCAGACACCUGCAGAAUAAUGGGAAACAGAGCAUUUAUGGAUCUCAUUUCAAUGGAUGAGUUUCACGGAGCCGCCAUUGAACCACAAGAUGUGAUUUGCAUGAGAGACUAUAUGCAGUAUUCCAGCCACCUGGAUGAGCUUCCAGCUUGUGUAGGAGGAAGAGAAAACGGAUGGAGGUUCCUGUCUCUGAAGGUGCUGUCCCGGGACGUCAUGCUCAGAGAGGGUGUAAAGCCAGGAACAACAGGCAGGUUGAAGACGGUAUUGCCGUUUAGACGUCUCGCUCGCUCUCAUUUUGCUGGACAGCAGCUCUCACACAGAGGUUCCCGGGUCUCUACACGACAAUCUGCCCGUGCUCAAAACACUGCGGCUCAAAAGAGACGCCUCUAUGGCCUGAGCGAGGCUCAAAGAAUAUUAGAUGAACAGAAGCACGUUAAUACCCAUGACAUGAAGAAACAGAAUGAGACGACUGAGAAACUGGACAUCAAGAUAGUUCUGCCAUCAGUCGAGACGGAAGUCUACAACUCAUCUGAGUCUGAAUGGGAGGAGGAGGCUGAGAAACUGUGCAACUGGUCAAAACAACUGGACAUAGAUGCUUUAGAAACACCUGCAUUCAUUUAGAUUGGGAAAUAAGAUUUUACACUAGGAGAUGCACUGAUUUAGGUUUGCUUUUCAGUAAAUACUACAAGCUAGUGCAUUAUUCUGAGAUGCUUUAAUUGAAAAUUAAUGUUACCUGUGCAACUGGUCAAAACCAACUGGAUAUCGAUGCUGCUGAAACACCUGAGCGCAUGUACAUGGAGAAACAAUGUUUUAAAGUUGCAGAGGUCCGGAUUAAAGUCAACACAUGGUGACAGUA